ACGUGGGUGAUUCGACUCGCAUGGGAUGUGUUUUCCAGAGCACAGACGAGAAACAAGUGACCCAGGUAGACUGGAUGUUCUCAUCAGGAGAGCCUGCUAAGGAGGAGAUAGUGUUGCGCUAUCACCCUAAACUCAAGAUACCUGCGGGGUCCUCCCAGAACUGGGGCAACUUCCAGAACCAAGGCCGCUUCCAGAACCGUGUAAACCUGCUGGGGGACAUCUCCCGCAAUGACGGUUCCAUCAUGCUUCAAGGAGUGAAGGAGUCUGACAGAGGAACCUACAACUGCAGCAUCCACCUGGGGAAGCUGGUGUUCAAGAAAACUAUUGUGCUGCAUGUGAUUCGGGAAGAGCCUCAAACAUUAGUGACCCCAGCAGCCCUUGGGCCUGUGAUCCUGGGCGGUAAUCACAUGGUGAUCAUCGUGGGGAUUGUCUGUGGCACCAUCCUGCUGCUCGCUGUUUUGAUACUGAUCGUGAAGAAGACCCAUGGGAAUAAGAGGUCAGUAUAUUCUACAACCUCCGUGAACAGCCUGGAGAACACAAAGAAGGCUAAUCCAGAGAAACACAUUUAUACCUCGAUAACUACACGGGAGGUAAUCGAGGAGGAAGACCCAAGUGGAAAAUCAGAGGCCACCUACAUGACCAUGCACCCAGUCUGGCCUUCUCUGAGGUCAGAUCCGAACAACCCACCUGAAAAUAAGUCAGCUCGGGGAGUGCCAAAAACAGAGCAAGCAUUUUGAGAAGAAAGGAGAGUUCCCGUCAUUGUAGUAGUAAUAGAGACUCUCUCCUCUGUGUGUCCUGAGCUGCUCUGCCCAUCAUUCUCGACUCUCUGCCCUCCCAGCUGUCCUCCUGUCUCCUUGCUUGGUCAGAGGGCUGAAGAUGGAGAGUUCGGAGCCUGCAGGAAGACUGGACAGCUCUGGAGGAACAGGCCCUGACGAGGGGAGGGGAACACAGAUGUGGCCUCUCUGGAAUGGGACACUAGCCCGGGGGACCUGGCUGAGCUGCUGCAGCGGCCUCAAGCACUCCAUCGGAUCAGACCCUUUGCACAGGUGGUGUUCGUUGUGGAUGUAUUACUGGGAAGAAUCACAGAUGUAGAAACCAAUCCAAACAAUUCCUUCGGUACAUUAUC